AACUUCAUCUAUUUUUUAUUUUUGUUUUUCUGCUGGUAAAGCACAAGUUCGCAGUUUAUGUUCUAUAUCGUCGAGCUUAAGCUUCUUAAUAUUGGCAAGAUCUCGAAUAUAUUCCAGAAAUUCCUCGUAGUUAAUUGCUCUCUUACGGAAUUUGAAAAAACAAAGUCCAGUGUCCGUAGUCGUUACGUUAUGCAAAUCUAAUAUUUGAGCUAUGUAUAACCACUUAUCGAUCUGAGACAACGGCAGCAAUUCGACGUUCAUUUCUCUUGAAAUUGCAUCGAAACUACAGUAGACUAAAAUUUAUAAAAAAUGUCAGUAUUUAUACCUACAUUAGUACUUAUAAUCAUCCGAUUGAUAUUAAAAUAAUACCUUUGAACAUCUCGUUUAAAGAAACUUCUGUCUCUUUUUCUUGUUUACCAACAUUGGCAGUGUCAGUCAUUCUUUAUUAUCUUUUCGAGGUAUAAAUCGUGUCUUUACUCAGUUGCUAGGUUGUUGUUUAUUUGACGAAGGUAGUACAAUUUGUAUCACUGGGUCAUAAUACGGUCUAAAUUUCUGAAAAUGGAUAACGUCCGUAGACACGUCGAUAAAUAUGGAUAUUUAACGUUUACAACGCCAAAAUUAAGCAACGUUGACUCGAGCGACGAAGAGAUGGAAGAGAGAACUUCUUUUUCUAUGUCAUAUCCAUCUGACAGCAUUCCUGUGUGUGGAAAAAAACGAGAGAACGCAAAAUGCACAUUUAUAAUUAGAGACAUAUUUUUGGCUUGCAACUGCAAGAAAAACGCGAAUGGAACUCGAAAUUUGAUUUUGAAUGGCAGAGAUUUAGAGGCGAAAAUCGGGCGAAGAUUUAAAAAUUGGGAUGUUCCUUAUCUAACUAUUUUUUUAUCGAAAAAUUAUAACAUAACAAAACUGCAUUUAGUAUCUAAUCACAUCGAUUCCGCUGGAUUUAUGAGCUUAAUAGAUUACGUUAUUUCUCACGAAUACAUUGACGAGCUUGAUCUACGAAACAAUAAAGUGGGAGAACCAGGAAUCAACUAUAUGUAUCGCCAGCAAGACAAAUUAAAACUUCGCGUUCUCCGAUUGAGCGGAAACAAAAUUGGCGUCAAAUGUUCAAAAAUAAUAGCCUUGACGAUCGCGAACAAUAUUGCAAUCAAGCGCCUCGAUGUCGCUGAAAUUGAUCAAACUGAAUCGAGUUUGAUAUAUUUUACGACAGUGUUGAGGUCAGAUCAGCAUAUAUUUAAUGAAACACUCAAAAUUUUGGAUCUUAGCUGUCCUAUUCCGCAGUGUAGAUAUUCCAAAUUUGAUAGCUCGCAUAUUGCUAAUGCUAUUGGAUUGAUGUUGCGUUACAACGUAAGUUUAGAAGAGCUUUAUUUACAAAAGUUUGACUUCUCUUGUCACGAGAUUGAAGAGCUGAUUACAAAUGCGGAACAUAAUAAAACAUUGAAGCUGUUAGAUUUGUCGUGCAAUAAUAUAGGUGAUUUCGGAGCGAAAUCGAUUUCCACUUGGCUUGAAAAACGACCAUCGCUUAGAGCACUUUUACUAAGUCGCAACAUGAUUUCUAAUCAUGGAAUAAGCGAAUUGUCCAAGGGUAUCGAACUUUCAAAGCUGAUGAUGAUUGAUGUGUCCUACAAUCAUUUCGACGACGUAGGAGGAGUUGAGCUUCUACGUUCGUUCAAAAAGUCACCGAUGGUGGAAAGUUUUAAAAUUUUUGGUAACGACGUCGCUCACAACACAGCAAAAAUAAUUGAAAAAUGGCUUCAAGCGAAUAUCAUCAAUCAAGAGAAUAUCGAUAUAAGACCUUACCAAUUAAGUGAUAAUUUACAUCUCGCAUAUUAUCUAACAGAAAAAUCAACAAGCAAUGACAUUUUUUAAAUUAAAAUUUUUAUUCAACGUUUAAUCUCACUGCUUUCACAAUUGUAAUUUAAAAAUAUCAAUCCGUUUAAAACUUAUAAUAAAAUUGUAUAAAAUAUAUAGUAAAAAAUACGUUCAGUAUGUACAUACAUACAAACUUAAUUAUA